AUGGCCACCAAGAACGCUACCUUCCAUGAAAGCAGAGCCAAGCCUCUCUCAACCCAGGAUGCAGACUGCGAUGACCCUGAUGUCUUUGAAGCUGUGGACAUAGCACUGAGAAAAUAUAACGGAGACAAAACAGAUGGCAACCAGUUUGCUCUGUACAUGGUGAUGGAAGCCAAGAGAUUGGCGGGCCCUGGCAAACAGUUCUUUGUGCUGUACCGAAUAAGAGAGAGCUCUUGUGCUGUUGGGGGAGAUAAACUCUGGCAUGAUUGUGAUUACAGAGCAUCUGCAGAAGCUGAAUCAGGUGAAUGUAAAGCUCAAGUUUACGUUGACAAGACUGAGAAAAUCAGUAAUGUUACACAGGAAUGCAGAAUUAUCCCAGUUGAAGGAAAGGUGACUCUUUCCCAUGUCCCGUGUCUUGGAUGCUAUCAUCCCAUACCGGGGGACAGCCUACAAUUGUUACCCAUUUUGAGCUAUGCUAUUCGGAUCUUUAAUAAACAGAGGACCAAUCCUACCCUUUUUGAAGUUGGUGAAAUAAUAAAUGCUCCAGGCAGGUUUGUGGUGGCUGGAUGGAAUUAUGCAAUUGAAUAUGAAGUCAAGGAGACUAGUUGCACCAAGAAUAAUUUUCAGGAUUUAAGUCCUGAGUGCAAACCCAUUGUUGGAGGCCAUAUAGGUACCUGUGAAGCCAAGGCCUAUGUGGAUCUUAAUAACACAAUUGUGGAUGUUGCACAGAAAUGCAAGUUUCCAGUUGAUGAAACUGCACCUCCUCGCAUUUCCAUUUGUGCUGGCUGUCCAAAGCCCAUCCCAACUGACAGUACAGAAUUGGAGGAACCACUGAGAGCUUCCCUGGAGAAGUAUAACGAAGAGAGCAAUGAUGACUUCUAUUAUAAAGCUGAAGCAAUAUCAUAUGCCACCGUGCAGGUGGUUGCUGGACUAAAUUAUAAUAUAACAUUUAGCAUUAGGAAGACGAACUGCUCAAAGACAGAUGUCAAGAAACUGAAUGAAGAUUGUGCGGCAACAAUAGACGGUAAACCUUUGCUAUGCACAGCACAAGUUUAUGUGAUACCCUGGACAAAGACAAUACGCCCUAAGGUUAGCUGCACCGAAGAGGAGACUGUAUUAGCAAGAAGGCCUCCAGGUUUUACUCCUUUCCGAUCUCUAGCUGUGAAAGCUGAAACCGCCAAACAUACACCCCAAAUUAAAAAUGAAAAGGGACCUAGAGAAGAACAAACCUCUACCACAGGGCCAAGAAAAGAUGUUAGACAUGAACCAGAUGAACAGGGGCACAGACAUGCUAUUGGGUGUGGAGCAGAACAGGAACAUAGACGUGGACAUGAAGAUGAACAUGGGCGCAGACAUGAUAACGGGCGUGAACCAGAACAUGAACAUAGACGUGGACAUGGACAUGACGAUGAACACAGGCGCAGACAUGAUGGGUGUAGACGAGAACAUGAACAUGAGGAUAACCAUGGACGUGGGCACGGGCAUGGAAAACAUAAGGAUAAACAAAAGAAGAUAAAGGAUAAACAUUCAAAAUAUGAGUCUUCUGAAGAAUUCCAUGAGAAGGUCACUAACCAAAAGGAGACACUGCUAGCUGCAGUAGCUGAAAUAUGAGGUACACAAUCUCCUAAGCCUGAUCGAGAGCUAGAUGUGCUAUCCAGUAACGCGUCCACAACAGAUCUAACAGAUGGUUUCAUUGAGAUCCCUGAUCUACCUAUAGAAAUCCCUGAUUCCCUGCAGAAAAACAGAAAGCCCUGGAAUUAUUCCUGAUAUUCUUUAUUUGAUGGGUUGCCAGAUAUCCCAGACAUCGUCCCAAAGUGUCCUGGAAAGCCAUGGAACCAAUCAUAGACCUCUCAAUACUACUAACAACCUAAAGUACUGACAAAAGAGGCUUUACCACAUCUGUCUGAACGCACCCACCCCACACCAGAAAAAUAAGCACCUACCCCAUGGUGCUCAGAUUUUGAUCUCAUGGAUUUAUGGUCCAUUUUUUUUUAG